GAAGUUAGUAUCCGCCAAAUGGCAGUAUUCAUACAAAACUGAGACGUAUCGAAAGGCAAGCUCUAUUCUUGUUUCAAGUUUUGCCGCAGCUUUGAAUCUACAGCAAGUUUUGUGCUGAUGUCGCGAAGAACCCGAAGCAGACAGGAGUGGGAGGUGCGCGCUUCUACUUUAGCUAGGAAAACUACAAAUCUUAUCCGACGUAUCGUUGAGAACCUGCAAGUGGAACCGAACCCUAACAAAGAACUUAUCGCUUUAUCAAUCGGUGAUCCAACAACGUUUGGAAAUUUAAAUCCUCCAGAACAAGUUUUGCAAGCCGUUCGCGAUAGUGUUGAGCUUACAACAAGCCGAGGCUAUGCCCCUUCUAAAGGACAUUACGAAGCAAGGGUGGCCGUAGCAAAAUAUUGCGCUCAUCAAGGCAAUGUCCAUCCUGAUGACGUCAUAUUAUCUAGUGGAUGUUCACAUGCGAUUGAAAUGGUUAUAACAGCACUUGCAGAUUCAGGUCAAAAUGUGCUAAUACCCCGGCCUGGUUUUUCAAUUUACCAGACUCUAGCAGAAGGAUUGGGAAUUAUUAUAAAACAUUAUAAUCUCCUGCCUGAUGAACAAUGGAAGGUAGACCUUGAUGAUUUAGAAAGUCAAAUUGACGACGAUACUGUAGCUAUAGUAGUCAUUAAUCCAUCCAAUCCAUGUGGAUCCGUAUAUGACAAAGAGCACUUAAGUGAAAUUUUAGACAUAGCGUCAAGGAACAGAGUGCCAAUCAUAGCAGACGAAAUAUAUGAACAUUUUGUUUUUUCCGGAAAUAAAUUUACAGCUAUAUCGUCUAUAUCCCAAGACGUACCUGUUCUCACGUGUGGUGGACUCACGAAACGGUUCUUAGUUCCUGGCUGGAGAAUGGGUUGGGUUAUAGUACACGAUCGUAAUAAUAUUUUAGGAAAAGAAAUACGAGAAGGUUUAUCAAACCUUUCGAUGAAGAUACUCGGCCCAAAUACAUUAGUACAGAGAGCUUUACCUGCUAUUUUGGAAUAUACGCCGCAAAGUUUCUUUGACGACGUGUUGUUGUUUAUCGAGAAUCAAGCGAAACUUGCUUUUGAAGAACUUCGGCACGCACCAGGAUUACGACCAAUCAUGCCUCAAGGAGCCAUGUAUAUGAUGAUAGAAAUAAAAUUAUCCCAUUUCCCUGAAUUCAGUAAUGAAUGCGUAUUUGUAGAGCGUAUGGUGGCAGAACAAUCAGUCUUUUGUUUACCAGGACAGUGCUUCGACUAUCCAAACUACAUGCGAAUUGUAUUAACGAUACCCGAGGAUAAAAUGCGGGAAGCGUGUCAACGAAUAGUAUUAUUUUGUAAAGAACAUGUAGUUUUUGCUGAGAAGAGGAAAGAUAUUGAAGAGGACGUACCGAUAACGACGGAUGUUCAAGUUAUAUGUAACAAUGACGCUCGCGUUGCUUAGUUCAAUUACUUGAGUACUAAUGUAAUGUAUCGCUCUAGACCCUGAUCGACGAUCGAGCCAUAAGCUUGUAGUAUAAAUUCCGGUGGAUUUACUUAUGGCUCGUUGUUACACGUUAUUUUUUAGAGUUUGUUCAUGCAACAUAUCGGCGUAGUUACCACGAUUUUUCAUAUCACGGGCCUGACUCGUCUAUAAGUAAAAUCGCAGUCUUACAUUCAUGAGCUUAUCAGAGCGAUAAAGCUCACUCGUCAAUUUAGACACAAACAUUUUAAGAAAUAUUGUAUUUGUAUGAACUUUUGGUUUUCCUUUUGGCGUUAUUUUGUAAAUUUUAAUUAAUCUUUUUUAAUUUAAUAUAAUCAAAUCAAAUAAAAUAUUAAUCAAAAUCAAGUUAUCGAGCUGAUAUAACGAUUGUAUUAUUUUUUGCAGUCCUGCUUUUUGACGCAGUUAUGUAUAAUUAUGUACAUUAUUAUUAUAAUAUUACCUAUCUACACAAUCAGAUAAGUAAUUGUACUGUAUACGUAUUAACAUUCUAUUUUAUAUAAACAGUUGUAAGUAAAUAUACGAUUCCAGUAAAAAAGCUUACAAGAAAAAUAGUCAUUUAAAAGUUACUUAUAAACAUCCUAUUUUUACUUUUUCUAUGUUAAAGUUUUUCUAGUAUAAAUAUCGAAAUUAGUUUUUCUAAUCAAUAGCAUUUGUUUUGAAUUAUUAUUAUCUGUUAUUAAUUGUUACAACGGAUUGUAGCGAUUCCAAUUACAGUCACUUUAAAGUAUUGUCAACGAAUUAGCUGUCGUAGGCACAUUGGCUCGUGUAAUUUAAUAUAAAAUCAUUUCUAGUAGAUAAGUUAUGUUAUAGUCAAAGGGUAUUUACAGAGCGAAUAAUUAUGAAAUAUUAUGAUAAAUAUAUUUAGACAUAGUUGCACUGGUUUAUAUAAUUAAGAUUUUAUGUUUGUUUUUUUUUUAUAAAAUAAAUAAUGAAAA